UUUAUAACUUAAUUGAUGUUCGGUAGAGUUGUGACGCCAAAGUUAAGGUGUCAUUAGUUAUUAACACAGGGCUGGGCCGUAAGCCUCAGCUAGCUGCUUUUUGCAACCAAGCAGGAACUCCGGCCUGUGCCGGAGUCUAAAUCAAGCGCUCCUUUUUUGACUGCUGCACACCUGCACCGAAGGAGGAGAUUCAGACCUUCAUGCUAACAUCCGAGGAAUGAGGAGCAAUCUAGCUAAAGAAAAUGAGAAGUAGAUCCAGUGAUAGGAGUGACGGUGGAGUAGAGUCUACACCCAGCUGUUCCAGUUUAAAAGCUACAGAUGAGACAUUUGGGCUUGAUCCAGAGCAGAGGCAAAUGGAUCAAACACGUCAAGCUCGUCGCCUGCAGAAACUUAAAGCCCAUCACAAUAAAUGUGAGGCUCAUCACAAGAAGCUCGUCACAAAGGCAACAAAUGAAGUGAGGGAGAACACGUCUUUUCUCCAUCAGAAGGGCUUAAUGUCAAAACAGUCAUCCGAUGAGAGCGACGAUACCAUCAUCCUUGGUCCAACACCAACUGAAGGGGACAUGAGCGUGCCUGAGCUUACAAGAACUGACAGUGUGAUUCUAAACAAACAAAUGCUUUGCUACUCAGAAGCAUCUCUAUCAAGUUCUGACAUCACUGAGGAAGAGUAUGUUCCCGAUUCUGAGAAAUCUGAGAGUGGCAGUCUAAACGACAGUGACAGUUCAGUAGACGUUAAACAGCUCAAGAAGAGGAAGAAAAGAGCCCAGAAAAAUACUUCUUCUCUGGAAGUUCAACCACUUAAGAGAAUGCGUGUGACCACUUCUAGUUCCUUGACUGCAAAAGAUCCUGGAGAAUCUUCUUCAACUGAUGCAAAAGAUCCUGGAGAAUCUUCUUCAACUGAUGCAAAAGAUCCUGGAGAAUCUUCUUCAACUGAUGCAAAAGAUCCUGGAGAAUCUUCUUCACUUGAUGUGACAGUCAUGACCUUGAAGAAGAAGGGAGAUGGCAGUAGGGCUUACAAUAAAAGGUACUUUUGUGCAUUUUGUAGCAAACCUUACAGCAAAAUGGCACGUCAUCUAGAAGCAAAACACAGUGAUACACCAGAAGUGGAAAGUGCACUGAAAUGUCCCAAAGGUUCUAGAGAACGACGGCUGCAGUUGUCCUUGAUAAGAAACAAAGGAAACCGUGCCCAUAAUAAUAAAGUCAUUAAAGAGGGAAAAGGAAUGCUCAUUCCCCGCCAACAAUGCACUAAAUCUGCAAAAGCUGGUGAUUACUUGCAUUGCAUCAACUGCGAGGGUUACCUCAAGCGGAAAUUCUUGUGGAGGCAUAUGCAGAGGUGUUAUCUCAGUCAAAAAGUCAAAGGACUGAAGCCAGGAACAUCUCGAGUCCAAGCCAUUUGCAAAUAUGCAGAGCCAGUACCAGACAGCGUCAAUGCACAGUUUUGGAAACUAAUACAUGACAUGCACCAUGAUGAUGUAGCAAAAGUUGUCCAAAGUGAGAAGUGCAUCUUGAAAUUUGGAGAACAUUUGUUCAACAAACAUGGUCAAGAUGUUACAAGACACGAAUACAUCCGACAGAAGAUGCGCGAAACCGCACGAGUUGUUCUGCAAGGGAAGAAAGAUGGCAAGUUGGAGAUGCUCCCAGACUUCUUUGUGCCAGCUAACUUCCCUCAUGUUAUAGAUGCAGUUAAGAAAGUGGCUGAAAGUGGCAAAUGUUCUUGA